AUGAGCACGCAGACGCCGAGUAUUGAGCCUCCACCCCGAUCCGCAAAUUAUAUCCGCAUCACCAUUCGGAAUUCCAAUUCAAAUUACCACCAUUUGGUGCGGGUCAUUGAGUCGGCCAAAUGGCUGGAAGAGUUUACGUAUGCGGUCGGUGGCCGAGGCUCGAUAGACCCGGAUCACGUCUUUCGGGCGCUCCUCUUACAUGCUGAUUCAUUGGUACACCUGGAUUUGGAUGUCGGGGCCGAAACUUCUUUAGCGGAGACCUUCGAUCCUAUUCUUGGUCAACAAUUCUUUAGCAAUAGCGAUGAUCGAUCGCUGAGAUCCAAGCCUGCGUAUCAGCAGGAGUGGGCAGAUGAACUCCUAGAGCUCCAGAUGGAGGAGGAUGGUCAAUUAUCGCCUUGCUCUCUUCGUGGGCUUAUGAAACUGAAGAAUCUUAGUCUUGGAAUUCAUACCCUUUAUUACCUAUCGCGAGGAAUCGGUACCGAUCAGGUCGACGAUGCAGCAUUUGCUAUUGUGGAUCAUCUCCCACCGAACUUGGAAGCGCUUUGUAUCUAUGGGCAACUGGAGAAACUUCUCGCUGAGAAAGAUGCCAAAUUGCCCCAAUUGUUAUGUAUCGAGGGGAUUGAUGAAAUCAUCGAAAACACGACCACUGUCAAGCAACCAGCGAUUAACGAUGAGGAUCUGUUUGAGAGAGAGAGACAGAUGAUGAAUGGACUGAUCAUGACCAUGAUUAGGUAG